AUGGACUUUAAAGCUGUGAUCUUCGACUUAGAUGGUGUGCUGGUCGAUACCGAGGGAGCCACUUGUGCAUGGAUCGCUCAGCUACUACAACCACAUGACCUUCUUUGGACUUCUGACCUGCACAGACACAUAGCAGGUACGGUGAAGUUCUUCCCCCAGCGGUGCCUGGAGCUCCUGGAGGUCUCGGAGGUCCGAAGAGCGGAGCUGCUGGAGGUGUUGCCCUCAAGACUCACUUCACCGGAGUAUAGCAAAUUUGUCGCAGAACGUAUGACCAUCAAAGCAGGUGCAGUGGCCCUCGUCCAGCGCUUGCGGACACUGCAGAUUCCCCUUGCCUUGUGUACCAGCCGGAGAAGUGAUGGUCUGGAGGCGUUGAUGGAGUUGCGCAGUGAUCUCACCGACUUGUUGGAAGGGCUCAAGGUGCGAGUGGUUGGAGCCAUCGAUCCACGCAACGGCCAGCAGAUGAAAGGAAAGCCUGACCCAGAGGUGUACCAAGUUUGCGCAGAAAUUCUCGGACUGAAGGCCAGUGAAUGUGUGGUCUUCGAGGAUGCUCCAUCUGGGAUAUGUUCCGCAAAAGCAGCUGGUUGCUUCACGAUCGCCGUUCCUGAAAGCUGGAUGGUUGGAGAUGCAGCGGCUGAAGAGGUCUUCGCCUCUGCGGAUCUUCGACUUCCAAGCCUGGAAUCUCUGCACGAAACUGAGCUCUGGGAGUCACUGUUUGGUCAUUUACCUCCCCUGCUGCUUGCUUUGGGCAACCCAACGGUUGAUGUAAUUGCGGUCAUCGAAGACUUAGAAGCUGCGCUCCAGAACUUCGGCCUCUCCGUGGGCUCUGAAGCCACCGGCUUCGACGAUGCGCAGAAACUCGCGCUGGCCGAGAUGGCCCAGCACCAUGCAGGUGCGCGAACUUGCGCGGGGGGGGCGGCGAUGAAUGCGCUAAGAGUGGCUUCAUGGGCAGGACAUCGGCGAGCUGCUUUCAUUGGUGCAAUAGGAACUGACUCAGGGGGGUUGCUGAUUCAGCAGGUCUUGGAGGAUGCUGGGAUUCUUCCAUUGCUGAAGAAGGUGCCUGGCAAGACUGGUGUGUGCGGUGUGUUGGUGGACGGCCACACUCGGGACCGGACGUUGUCAAUGGUGAGGGCCGCAGCGUCAAUGCUUGAUGUAGCGUGGCUGGAAAUGCCUCAGGUGUCCUGUUUAGUGAAGGAGGCUUCCAUGAUAUACAUCACCUCUUUUGUGCUAACAUCUCAACCUCGACUAGCAGCUGCACAAGCUUUGGCACAAAGUGCUUUUGACAAAGGAGCUUGGCUGUGUAUGAACCUGUCCUCAGCCGGACUUCUGCCUCGUGUAAAGGAUGCCUUAAUCGAACUCUUGCCCAAGUCUCACUAUCUCUUCUCAAACUCUGCAGAACUGCAAGCUUGGGCCAAGCUACUAGGUUGGUCAGAUCCGGAGCCGGUCGAACUCAUUCGACGACUUGUGGCCAUGCUGCAGCCGGAGGGAUUUGCGGUGGUGACGGCAGGCGCUCACCCGACCAUGGUGGCACACCGAGGGGAGGUUCAGCUAUUUCCUGUCCCAAACAAGACCAGCGCAGCUUUGAACACUGCCCCGCAGGUGAGCAUGAACGAUUUCAGCGAGAGUGAGGAUGGCGUGAUUCUGCACCACAAUCUCAUCAACAGACCAACAGAGUUUGUGAAGCUUUGUGAAAAGGCUCUCCAGGACUUGUACCGAGAAUUUAUCCAAGAGGAAGAUGUCCCCGGCAAGGUGCCCUUGAUGCAGCUUGCUCUCAAGACUGACGCCAACUUGGAUGGCACACUUGGAACCACAAAGCCGAAGAUGAUUCGCGAUCUCACCUCCGACCAGGUCGAAAAGCUGGUGGUGAUUCAAGGCAUCGUGGCCUCGGUGAAGACACCUCGAGACAAGGUUCGCAAAGUGGUGCUGAAGUGCAGCAACUGUGAGAAUGUGGAAGAGGUCACCGUGGAGAGUGGCUUCACGGCCGCUCACGUUCCGUCGGGCUGCAAAGGAAGCGCCUUGCGGAAUGGGAACUAUGAGAAGUGCCCUCAGAAUUCCUUCGUAGCCGUUGGAGACCUUUGUGAGUACGCCCCAGACCAGUCCAUCCGCUUGCAAGAGCUACCAGAGCAUGUUCCGGUUGGAGAGAUGCCACGCAGCAUCGAGCUUUGUGCCCAAAUGUAUGAUGUGGACAGGUGCACUCCUGGGACCCGACUGACCUGCAUCGGAAUCUUCUGCGCCACUGAAAGGGCUGCUGGAGACAAACUGUCACGGGGUAGGAAUCAGGGCACCAACACCGUGAAGUACUCCUACAUUCAAGUGCUUGGCCUACAAUUGGCGCAAGGGAACCAGGGGCAGGGUGCUCUGGAGAUCACGAAGGAUGAGGAGGAGCAGUUUGACCACAUGGCCAAGGAUCCUGAGAUCAGGGAGAUGAUCUUCAAGUCCAUCGCACCAGCCAUUUGUGCCAGUGAGAAGGACUCCAUCAACCAAGUGAAGCGGGCAAUUGCUUGUCAGCUCUUCGGGGGUGCGCGGAAGCUGCUGCCGAGCGGCAAUCGCCUGCGCGGUGACAUCAAUGUCUUGCUGUUGGGAGAUCCUGGAACUGCAAAGAGUCAGUUCUUGAAGUUCGCCCACCAAGUUGCACCCAUUGCCGUGUAUACAAGCGGAAAGGGCAGCAGUGCUGCAGGGCUGACUGCAGCGAUCGUCAAGGAUGGGGGAGGUUUCACACUGGAAGGCGGUGCGAUGGUACUUGCUGACAAUGGCCUGGUGUGCAUCGAUGAGUUCGACAAAAUGGAUGAGAAAGACCGUGUUUCAAUCCAUGAGGCUAUGGAGCAGCAGACGAUCUCCAUUGCAAAAGCUGGCAUGACGACCAUGCUCAACACUCGCUGCAGUGUGCUGGCUGCUGCCAAUCCGCGCUUUGGGUCCUACGACGACCUUUCAAACACGGCGGAUCAGAUGGAUUUUCAAACGACUAUCCUGUCCCGUUUCGACAUGAUGUUCCUGGUCAAGGAUGUCAGAGAUCCUGAGAGAGACUACAAAUUGGCAAAGCACCUGGUGGCACUUCACAGCGGAGCUCAACAUGAGGAGCAUUUGGUGCCGUUCACUACGCAGCAACUGCGCAAGUACAUCGCCUACUGCCGCACCAAGUGUUCUCCUCGCAUCACGCAGGACGGUGCCGAGGUCUUGAAGAACCACUACGUGGGCAUCCGCAAGGCGAUGAAAUCAGAGAAGGCCACGAUUCCGAUCACCGUCAGGCAGCUGGAAGCCAUCGUACGAAUUGCAGAGAGUCUUGCGAAAAUGGAGAUGAAGGAGGCUGCAGAUGUGAGCCAUGUGGAGGAGGCUUUGCGAUUGUUUACGGUGUCUACCUUGGACUCUGCGAAUCGUGACCGAAAUGGUGUGGGUAUUGAUGUCCUCUCUGAUGAAGACAAGAAGGAGCUCAUGGAAGCUGAAGAGGCGAUUCGCAGAUUGGUUCCACGCGGUGGUCGUAAAAACAAGUUCCUUCUUGAACAACAGCUCGUCUCUCUGGGAGGGGUGGCAGAGCAAACCGCCCGAAGAGCCAUUCACCUCAUGACGAGAAGGGGGGAGCUGGAGGAGAAGGCAAACAACACGCUGAAAAGGUGCGAGUGA